GCACCUUAAGGGUCUAGAAUCACGUGGCCGGAACUGUACAGCCACGUCGUCGAGCUUCCUGAAAAUCUGCGCUUCUACUUCCAAUAGUACGGUACAGAAUGACUCAGUUUGAGAAGGUAUUCCGGAAUUCCGCACUGCACCCAAAGCCAGUUGGACUGGUUCUGCAGUAUGGCACUGCAGGGUUCCGGACCAAUGCGAAGGAGCUGGACCACAUCAUGUUUCGCAUGGGCUUACUGGCUGUUUUGAGGUCAAAGAAGACUAAAGCUACCAUUGGAGUGAUGGUUACUGCAUCUCACAACCCUGAGGAGGACAAUGGUGUGAAGCUCGUGGACCCCAUGGGGGAGAUGGUAACCCCAUCGUGGGAGGAGUAUUCCAUGCAGCUGGCAAAUGCUGAGCAGGAUGUCCUGCUGACUGCACUCAAGGAUGUCAUUGAGAAGGAAGCCAUCAGCAUGGACCAGGAUGCCAACAUCUUCAUCGGCAAAGACACCAGGCCAAGCAGCGAGAAGCUGUCUCAGGCUGUGUCGGAUGGAGUCAUGUCCCUUGGCGGUCACGUUCAUGACUAUGGUGUGGUGACCACUCCCCAACUCCACUUUAUGGUACGGUGUCAGAACACGCAGGGUUGCUAUGGCAGUCCAACCAUGGAGGGGUACUACCGGAAGCUGUCCCAGGCUUUUGUCCAGCUUACCAAGCACGCCCCAAACCGCACAGAUGACCAGAAACAUCUCCUUGUGGAUGGAGCAAAUGGAGUCGGAGCGCUGAGGCUGAGAGACAUGGAGCGUUUCCUGCAGAACCAGCUGCAGAUAUCUCUCUUCAAUGACUGCAGAGAGGGCAAACUCAAUUUCCAGUGCGGGGCAGACUAUGUCAAAGUUCAGCAGAAACCACCCCAAGGAGUUGAAAUGAGCGUGGGUGAGCGGUGCUGCUCGUUUGAUGGCGAUGCAGAUCGGAUAGUUUACUACUACAAGGAUUCUGAUGGCUGCUUCCACCUGCAGGAUGGGGAUAAGAUUGCUACACUCAUUGGCACUUUCCUGAAGGACAUGCUUACACAGGCUGGUCUAGACCUUCAAGUUGCUGUAGUGCAGACAGCAUACGCCAAUGGCAGCUCCACGCGGUACUUGGAGGACGUCCUGAAGGUGACUGUUUGCUGUACAAAGACGGGUGUGAAACACCUGCACCACGCUGCACAGGAGUUUGACAUUGGAGUUUACUUUGAGGCCAAUGGUCAUGGCACGGUUCUCUUCAGCAAUGCAGCAGUACACAAGAUUGAGAAGCUGGCACAAGAUUCCAGCAUCAAGAAUGAGAAAAAGAGGACUGCUGCACAACUGCUACAUAGCACAAUUAAUGUCAUUAACCAGGCUGUAGGUGACGCAAUCUCAGACAUGCUGCUAGUGGAGGGAGUGCUGGCUGUUCAGGGUCUCUCCGUACAGCAGUGGGAUGCCAUUUAUAGUGACCUACCAAACAGACAGCGCAAAAUUAAGGUGGCAGACAGGAGAGUGAUCACCACCACAGAUGCUGAGAGACGUGUGGUCACUCCUCCCGGCCUUCAGGAAGCUGUGGACAUGCUGGUGAAGAAGUAUCCCCAGUCCCGGGCCUUUGUCCGUCCCUCGGGCACAGAAGACAUAAUCCGUGUAUAUGCGGAGGCAGACACCCAGGAAAACACAGAUGCGCUCGCACAGGAGGUUUGCUUGGCUGUGUACCGCCUCGCCGGAGGGGUUGGAGAGGAGCCAAAACCGUUGCAUUAACACCUUUCACACCAUCUCUACCCAAAUUAUUACACAUUUGUACCACCUUAUUGACUGCUUAUUUUAGCAACAUUCAUAGACAUAACGUACAAUAUUGUGUGUAACACAGAGAGCCCAAAAGAAACAAGUUAUAAAAUGUCCUCUGUGCAAUUUAAUUUUGAGAAUUUUAGGGGCGAUGUGUAUGUUGUCCUCUUUGUACAAUCAUUCCUCUUUAACAUUACUCAUACCUGUAACGUCUGCUGCAGAAUUUCCAAACACUGUACCUUAAAUAGCAACUGAGCAGGAUUUGUAUGCUCAAUUAUCCUGUCUGUAUUUUUGCCAUGAUUAACAAAUCUGCCUUUGAAACAAGAAUGUGAAUCACAGGUGCAAACACUAGUUUUCCUCAGCCUGUGCACUUACUGUUUGUUUCAUAUUAUUUACUUAAAUUUACAUUUGACUUAGAAUCAUCAUGAAGAACAGGGAUGCUGUGUAAGUGUACAUGGUAACAGGGCCAUGUAUGCAACCACUGC